AUGAUGCUCCUGUCACGGAUCAAUCUCACUCUGGCCUUCAUCCUCCUGAGUCCAGUCAGCAUUCUCCGCUUGUGGUGGGUGUUGGGUAGCCCUUUGGUCAUGGACCACAACAGCAUAUGCAGGAAGACCAGGCGUGUGGGGGGCAAGCAUGCCGAGCUGUGCCAAUCUCAGCCGGAGAUUGUGCAGGAGGUGGUCAAGGGCGCCCGCAUGGGCAUGCGAGAGUGCCAGCAUCAGUUUCACCAGCACCGGUGGAACUGCACCAACCAAAGCAAGAGCCUGGCCAAGAUUCUACAACAAGACAUCCGCGAGGCGGCAUUCGUGUACGCCAUCACGGCGGCGGGCGUGGUCCAUGCUGUCACCCAGGCCUGCAGUAUGGGCGACCUGCUCCAGUGCGGCUGCAUCACUAGCCAUGGCCCCCCCGCUGCGGACCACCACCCGACGACGCCCCUGACCCCCGCUCUGGCCCAGGAGGGGCCCUGGGAGUGGGGAGGCUGCGGGGAUGAUGUGGAGUUCGGCUAUCAGAUAUCCAGACAGUUCACCGACUCCAGGAGGAGGAGGGGCAAGAGUGACAUCAGGACUUUGAUUGACCUGCACAACAACGAGGCAGGAAGGCUGGCGGUGAGCAGCUUCAUGCGUGUGGAGUGUAAGUGCCAUGGCCUGUCAGGCUCGUGCACACUGCGGAGCUGCUGGAGGAAGAUCCCCCUCUUCCGCCAGACGGGCGAUUGGCUGCUCGAGCGCUUCAAGACCGCCGUGCAGGUGAUGGGCAGCAACGAUGGCAAAUCCCUGAUCCCGCUCCAUCCGGGGGCCCCGCCAAUCCAGCCCCAUGACCUCAUCUACUCCGCUGAGUCACCUGACUUCUGCCUGGCCAAUCGGAGGUUGGGGUCAGAGGGCACGCAGGGGCGCGUGUGUAACGGGAUGUCCACGGGUCCCGUGGCGCCCGACGGGCCGGGGGCGUGCGACUCACUGUGCUGUGGGAGGGGUCACCGGGAACACACACUGGUGUACGAGGAGAACUGCGUGUGUCGCUUCCACUGGUGCUGUGUGGUCCAGUGUCAGAGGUGCUCGGUCCGCCGAGACGUCAGCUUGUGUCUCUGAGUAGACGUGCCAACAGCAGGAACGUCUCAAACUAGC